CGUUACUGUUAGGAUUCUUUCUUCUUUACUUGUAGGACACUUGUUUAAACACUUGGAAAACCGAGAUAAUUAGUAUCCCUAAUCUAGAGAUGGCGGCGACACUGAACUACAUACUCCCACUGUGGAUGAUAGUUCUGGUCUUCGUUGGCUCUGCAAGGUGUAAACCGGUGAAUAGUAAAACGAGUGGAGUCCAGAAGCAACUCCAGAUCUCCGAGGAUGAGAGCACCGUGGAGGAGGACAUUCAUAUUGACCUGAACCCGUUUCUAGAAAACAUGAAACAAGAGUUUCUGCGGAGUCUGAAUUUAUCCAGAGUGCCACAUGAGCACAACAAAGCCGAUCCUCCUCAGUUCAUGCUUGAAUUGUACAACAGGUAUACAACCGAUAAGUCCUCAAUGCCACAGUCUAAUAUUGCUCGGAGCUUCAAUGUCAAAGAUGCUACGAUGUCAAAGGGAACAGCUAGUGAAAAGCAACACUUGCUUCUAUUCAACAUUUCCAUUCCAAGCCACGAGGAGAUCACCAUGGCUGAGCUGCGGUUAUAUACUUUCCUUGAAAAUGAUACAAAUGAUGUCCAGGCCAGAAUAAAAGUGUAUGACGUGGAGAAUAAUAAAGACGGGUCAACGCUCCAUUUUCUUGCAUCCAAAGAUGUCAACAAAAAACAAAAUUCCUGGGAAACUUUUGAAGUCACUAAGGCUAUCAAGCGAUGGGUAAAAUCUAGCCAAACCACAAACACACUUCAAGUACAAAUUGAUCGCACGGGUGGCAUGCCUUUGGAAGGCGGGGGUUUAGAUGUCAGUGUCAGCUUUAAAAAUAGCUCCCCAGUGUUAAUAAUUUUUUCAGACGAUCUUAGAAAUGAAAAAAAAGAAGAUGAACUUAAAGAAAUGAUCCUUCACGAAGAAGAAAGUGUGUUUUUGGCAGAGGGUAAUAUGAAUUACGAUGAAGAUAAGCCCCCAUCUAGGAGAAAAAGAAGUACAAAGCCUGACUUUUGCCAAAGAAGAUCUCUUCGGGUUGAUUUUAAAGAGAUUGGUUGGGACUGGAUAGUGGCACCAAAAGAAUAUGAAGCAUAUGAAUGUAAGGGAGUCUGCUCCUAUCCCUUGGGUGAUAAUCUCACCCCUUCCAAGCAUGCCCUUGUCCAGACCCUAGUGCAUCUUAAAAAUCCCAAGAAAACUGCAAAACCGUGUUGUGUUCCAACCAAACUGGAUUCCAUCUCAAUCCUAUACUAUGAUGAAAAAGGGCAGCCAACCUUUCAAUACAAAUACGAAGGGAUGCAGGUUGCCAAGUGUGGGUGUAGGUAGUUGUACUGAACCAAAGGCGGCUUACAUCUUCAUGUAAAUCUGUAUAUUAAUGAUGUAAAUUGAUAACUCAUUUCAUUGAGGUAUUUAUACAAUGCAUGUACAGCAGAUUCUUAUUUUAAUAUCAAUGUAGACAUACAAUGGACAUACUAUAAGAUACAGAAGUGUAAAUGUUUAAUUGAUUAAGAAUUGAUCAGUUAAUUGUUAAAUUAUGUGUAAGACAGUAAACAAUACAAAUAAGCCAGCACAUUCAUUAAAAAGGAAUUCCUUUACUGAAACAGCUGACUUGUAUUAAUUAUUUGUUCACAUACUCAGUUUAAUCGAUUAAAUGGAAAUGUUAAGAUUGAAACCUUUAGUCCACACACAAGUUUUCAGUUCCUGGCACUAGGGUUUCCUGGGCCCUGGUAAGAAUGUACUUU